AAAAUAAAUAAAUAAAAGAAGGCAGACACGCAGGGGCAUUAUUCAUUUUCAUCCUCUGCUUCCUCAUUCUCUCGAUCAUUCCAGUGAGGUGAGAGUGUCGGCCCUUCUCUUGAGAUCUCCUCGCCCUCUUCCUGUUUUCGAUCAGCUCGCCGGCAUGCUUAAGAGUGUUCGCUGUGGUUCCUCGUUUCUUUCUUUUCUAGCCACUGUAACAGAUCGAAGCUUCCUUCCUCCUGUCAUCGCCGGCGUCAUUUGUGAGAAGAGGAGGUCGCUGGAGACGGGGUGCAUGGACGAGCAUCUUGUAGCUGCUGUCGGAGGUUGCUAUCAGUCUCCUCUUUUCCCUUCCUCCAUCAUAACUAUAUCCAGGAAACAGAAUUUUUCCCUCCCCUGUUCUUCACUGUGUUCUUCUUCUUCCUCUUUUGUGCUGUUGGUGGUUUGUGGGGAUACCUUAGUUGACGUUGAUCCUCAUGCUGAUCUUGAGAGCUGUUACACAUGCUGAGUGGAGAGUUCAUGAAAGUCCCUCCUUUUGAUGUAAUGUCAAUUUAUGUAUGUUUCACUUCAAAAAAAAAAUAAUAUAACUAGAUGCUCCACAUAGACUAUAGCUAGGGUUUUUAUUUAAUAUAUAUAUAUAUAUAUGCUGAUUGCUAGUUGGGAGGAGUUGAGCUCCCAAUUGAUAUAA